CGGGAAGAUGGCUCUUAGCCAAUGAGAUGCGCUGGCUGGCGGUGCUUUGGCGUGGCAGCGCGUUGGGUUCUGUCUUGCCGGCAGAGCUGCACUGCACGGGCUCGGCGCUGUUGGUGCAGACUAGCUUCGCGGGGACGCAGGCCUUCACCUGCCCGCCUUACUAUGAGGCCCAGACCUGCUGCCUCCAGCACGAGAUGGAGCAGAUCUGGGAAAAGGUGGAAGACAUGCUGCAGUUUGUGCUCCGCGUCAUGGAAGACCAGGGAGAGGACCUGAAGAGAGCGGAGGACCAGGAGGCGGCAGGCUUCCUGGAGGACGAUGGCUCCAUAUGCUCGGAGUACCAUGCGCAGCUCUUCAGCUCGCGCCUUCGUGGCUUCCGGGAGGCGCGGCAGGCUACGGCCAAAGGUGUGGAUAUUCUGCAGGGUGCGACUAUGCACAUGCUGUGUGCGGCUUGCUUUCAAAGCUCUUCGCAACUGAAGCUGGAGCAGGUGGACAACUUUACCUCCUCGGCCUUGCUGUCCUUGCAGGACCGCAUGGGCGCCAUCUUCACGGAGCAGGUCCUCGCGGACCGUUCACCAGAUACCCAGUGUUCUCUGGGCUAUGUGGACGCCUUGACUGCAGGCAUCUCCUUCCCUUCCUGGGGGCGGUUCUCUCCAGCCUUCGUGUGGCAGGGCUCGCUGCUGGCUUCCUUCGCUGGAUGGAUGGACCGUGUCCUGUCGCUGCUGAUGGAGGUACCUGGUUCCCUCCUGUUCCAGCGGACUCUACUUCAGCUGCUUUUCUUCUAUGCGGAGCGGCCAGAUAGUGAUGCGUUUCAGUUGCUACAGGGGCACUCAGGGGCAGUGCUGGAUUACAGCUCUAUAGAGGAAGAACCUGAGAAGCUGUGCCCAGACGCUCCCAGGCUCUUCAUUUUUGUCCGCCAGGCUGUCCCAACUGACAAGCUCUUGCAGUGCUACAAGGACCUCCAGGCCGUGCCGGCCGGUGUGCGUUGGGUCCUUACAAACAGCAGCCACGUGAGUGCCAUGUCGGGCGAGGUGAAGGCUAAAGAGCAGCUGAUUUGGCGGCGCUUCGAGGCCCGGAGUCUGCACGGUGUCGCCCGUGCGCUCUGUGCCGCGCCUGCCUGGGUGGUCGAGCUGGAGGCCAUGGACUGCAAGGAUGCGCCACAUGUUUCGAGGUUGCUCACCUCGCCCUCAGAGCAGGACUUGAGGCGCUCUUCCUGGCCGCAGGGCGUGAGUCCUGUGACGCCCAGCCCGCCACCUUCCUGGUCUGGGCUGGAAGAGUACGUGCAGGCACACGCGGCCUUUGUGCAGCAGUCCCGCAGCGGAGCAGUUCCAGCGAGCAGGAAGGCCUUGGUCUACGUUUGCACGGCGAUGAGCUACUGUGGUGGCCAUGGUGAUCGUUUGAACGGAAUGCUAGGCGCCUUCGUGGUGGCGAUGCUGGCGGGCAGGGCCUUCUUCAUCGACUCCCAGCGGCCGGUGCCGCUGAGCUUGGUCUUGCAGCCACGUGUGGGCGGCAUCGACUGGCGCAUGCAUGGCUCCCAUGCUGUGCUACCUGCCGGCUUCAACUUCAAUGACAACUUGGCCGCCUUUGAGUCGGAUCCACAUGUGGUGCUGGACAGCCAAGAAGAUGUGCUCCGCAUCGUCUCGAACCAGCGCCUCAGCGCCGCGGCGCUGCGGAGCCACCCGCGGAGCGCCCGCGCGCUGGGACUGACCGGGCCUCGGUUGCACAUGGAGCUUUUUCAGCUGCUCUUCCAACCGUCGCCAGCCCUGAGCGCCCGCCUGCGGGCGCGGAAGCUGCCCGAGGGCCGACGGAUAGGACUCCACUUCAGGGCCGGCGAUCAGAUGCCGCAGCACUGGAAGGACCCGCCACGGCACGACCUCGCCCAGCUGGAGGAGUUUCUGAACUGCGCAGAGGAUCUGGAGAGGCAGCAAGGUUGGAAUGCCACCUUCCUGCUCUUUGCAGAUACGGACAAGGUCCGGGAGAUGCCGCGGGUGCAGGAGCUUGCAGCAGCUGGGAAGCUUGUCUUGCCCGAGCAGACUGACGGGCUGGUACACCUGGAUCGUUCUCCCGCCACGCUGACUGUCCGCGGUCUGCUGCAGACCUGGGCGGAUUGGUGGACCUUGGCCUUCGAUGUGGACGCGCUGGUGCUGAGCCACAGCGGCUUUGGCGCGACAGCGCUGGAGUUGGGCCCCUUGCGACCGGCGGUCCUUGGUCUUGGCUGUGUCCUUGCAGAUGGCAGCACAGGUUAACUGCAAUCGAUU